AUGAAUCUCUUGAAAAAAGUCUGUUUUAUUUAUUUGAUUUUAAAUCUGACGUUCUUUUUGUUUGUGAAUUCCUAUGGCUAUGAUGAUUACGAGGACAGGAAAAAGUAUGAUGGUAAUCUUCCAAAUGAUAAUAAGACUUGUGAAAUUCCGUGGGAAACAUCUAUAAUGUCAGAACCGACUCCUACUUGCUAUAUAAUGUGUAAAGUGAGAUGCAUUAUUUUGAGUAGAACCGUCCAAUGGCGUUGUAAAGCAUCAUUAAAUGGAAUUUGGGAGAAUUGCCACUGCUGUAACGAUGAAAGGUUAUAUUUAUUAUUCGGUUAUUGA